AAUAGCUGGAUGCUCUUGAGGAUGUCCAGAUGACUGGUAGUUCACAAUCGUCAAGUACCAAGGGUUGGCUCUAUCCUAUGCUUGCUAUCCGAGAAACCUGCAUACUAGCUACUUAGCAACCGCCAGUAACUUCUCAAAUGCGACCUUUAAUUCUUAUUGGAAUUUCUCUAGUUUUCUUAGCGGGACCGUCAACGAAGACGGCAUCGGGGCAGGUCGUGGACGUGUCCAAGCUGCAAAAGUGUACUCAAGGGCUCGCGAGCAAUGUGUCAACGUCGGGAUUUUGCCCGACGUCUAAUAGCACUGCAGCUGCUAGCAGCAGUGCCGAUGCGUUUGCUACUGCCGUGGUCGAGUACCUAGCGACCUGCCUCAGCGUGGAUAUUCGGCCACUUCGUAUUAUGGUGCCGAAUGCCACGCUGCUGUCGACGGUGCAAACACUUGCAAAGCGUUUCGAGGCUACAUACAACGUGUCGGUGACGCUCACGGUUGUGGAUCCGGAGAACCUGACGGACUCUGUUAUGGAGGAAGCCAUCUUCAAGGAGCAGUCCGAGAGCGACGGUUGGAUCAUCGACCCUUCCAUCCUAGGUGACCUGGCAGAUUACGAUGCCUUCGAGGACUUGAACGACGAGAUAACCGCCGACAAAGACAUUGCAUGGGAUGACAUGUCGUGGUGCGUUGAAAUGUCGUCUACGAUUGGAUACCGCGUUGCUGGGAUUCCUCUGGACGGAGACCUGCUGCUGCUCUACUACAGGCUUGAUUUGUUUUCGCGGCACGGACUGAAGGUCCCCGUCACUUGGGAGGAGCUUGUGGCUCUUGCAAGACGAAUGAACGGCACGGACACGGACGGUGACGGUCACGGGGACUUGUGGGGCGUGUGUCUCAACAACGCACCGAUUCCGUGCGAGGAGCACUACAUUCUGGCCGCUAUGAUGUCGCCGUACCUGCAGUACAAUGGAACUGAGCAGGGCGUUUUCAUCGACCCAGAAACCAUGGCCCCACUGCUCAACAACUCGGCGAUGAUCCGGGUUGUGGAGCUUUACAUGGAGUUAUCAAAGUACCAACCCAGCGUGAGCACCUGCAGUCGAACGAACGAGUUGUUCACCAACGGUAGCUGCUUAAUGACUAUCAAUUUUGGUGAUCAAUUCAAGGCCAACGCCUACAAGACCAGCUCAUUUAAGGGGACGUUGGGGGUGGCUCGUCUGCCUGGGUCGGCGGAGGUGUACAACAGGACGACGGGGACACUGGCGACGUGCCUAAAUAAUGCAACCUGUCCUUACGCUGAGCAGGUAGCCUUGGCCAACGGCAGCUUAUCGUGGGUGAACUUUGCUCCCUUCACCGGCUUCGGAGGCUGGACCAGCAUGGUCAAUAAAAACGCGCCUUCCGGCUACAAGUCACUGGCGUAUAAGUUCUUCUCCUUCGUAGUAAAGCCGAUGCACGGCUUGGAGGCUGUGCUGGACCAGACGAGUGGGAUAGACCCCUAUCGCCCCAGUCAGUACAGUCUGCAAGAAGCCAACCUGGCGACGUGGGUCGCCGCGGGGUACGACAGAAGCGCCACAGCGCAGUAUUUGGCAGCUGUUGGCUUUUCCAUGGAGAGCUUCAACCUAGCCCUCGACAUGCGGCUAGAAGGCAUGGUGAGGACGACCCAUGCCAUCCUAGACGACAUUGCGGACAACACCACGUGGUACAUGAGCUCGCUGCACACGUCGCCGUCUGCCGUACUCGCGCGCGGGCAGCUGGUCAUGCAAGAGACGCUGGACUCCGUGGACGUCUCGAUAGACGCGCAGCGGCAGUACUGCAUGAUCCUGGGUUGUUACUUCGGUUGGGAUCCGUCAGGCAAGCCGUCGGGUAAUCGCAACAACACCAACGAUAAUCCCGCUGUCGAUCCGGGUGGUGGCGGGAACAAAAAGCUGGUCAUCCUGUCAGCCGUUCUAUCGCCCGUGGGCGCCCUCCUGCUGGCUGCCUGUGUGGGGCUGCUGCUGUGGCGGCGACUGGUGGGACACCGGCACCUGCUGAAGGGCGCCGUGAAGGCGCCCAUGGCUGGCCCCGAGACCAGCCUCCUCAUCACCGACAUCCAGGACUCCACGUCCCUGUGGGAGGCGCUGCCGGAGGAUGUGAUGGACGCCGCGCUGCGCACACACCAUGCGGUGGUACGACAGGCGCUGGGGAAGCACGCGGGCUACGAGAGUGCCACGGAGGGGGACUCCUUCAUCCUGGCCUUCCAUACCGCGGGGGACGCGGUGGCUUGCGCCAUGAGGAUCCAAACCGAGCUUCUGACGGCUGACUGGCAGCAGCCGCUGCUGCAGUGCGCCCGCUGCGACUCCGCCUGCGAGGUCUGGCAGAGCCCAGCACGCGGCGGCCAACACAUGGCCCUCCUCGAGCUGCUCUGCGGCUCCCAAGCCAUGGGCCGCAAACGGAGUCACAAGCUCCGAAACCUGGAAGCAGCCGGCCGCAGCGGCGGCGGUGCCUCGCGUGUUCUACGGGGCCCACUGGCCCGAAUGGCUGUGCUGCGAAACACCCUUUGGCGCGGCCGCCAGCCACCAGCUGCUGCGGCGGCGGCCGCGGGUGGUGCUGCUAAUGGCGCCAUGGUUGCUAGUAGUAUGGCAGCGGCGGCAACAGUAGGAGGCGUUGGUCGGAUUACGACCUCAUCUGGGUUUUGGGAGGCCCGGACUACAGCCGGCAGCAGCAGGAUGUGUUCGGAGCCGCAGCACUCUCUGUCGGUUGACCGGCUGAGCGGCCCCAAAGACGACCUGAUGGAUGAGGACUGGUGCUCCUCCCCCCACAUGAGCAACCACUGCAGAGCCCGUGAAGCGGCCGUCCCAUGGAGCGAUUCCGGCGGCGCAGCUUCAGGCAGUGUCACCACGUACGGCAGUGUCACCACGCCCGCCUUCACCACCCAGCCCACCUCCACCUCCAUCAGCCUCCCUAGCGCCAUGCUGCUUCGGGACUACAUCCGCUCUGCAUGGGUGGACCCGGAGGCCGCCUCCUCCGUACAUGGCGGCCGUACGGCAUCCGUCGUACCGGUACACCCCCCCGCCUCGGCGGGCAACAGCUUCAUGAUUGCUGCAUCUUGCGCAGUGGACGCCAUCCAAAGCCCUACCAGUCCGUAUGCAAACAUGUCGGCUAACACUACCGGCGCCGUCGACACCGCAACCGAGGACGCAACCACAACCGCAGCAGCAGCCGCAGCAGCAGGUAACUCGGGCACUGCUGCGGAGGCUUCAUCGCCGCCUCCGCCGGGCGUUGCCAUCCAGAUGGCCAACAUGACUCCUGGAACAGAAGCCCUUGUGCCUAACCGGUCGUACAGCAACCUGGCUUACGAGGGAUGGGAGGAGCAGCCGGGGUCCUCACCGCCCCAGCCUCAGCCGCAAUGGCCGGCACCGGGCAGCAGCCCCAAGCCCUCCGAACACCUGCUGCUGAAAGGACCCAUGAACACCCAAGGCGCCGUGACCCAUGGGUCAGCCACCGAGCCCGCAUCCUCCUCCACGCAUCCCCAGCAUCACCACCACCACCAUCAUCAUCAUCAUCUUGGAAGAGCCGCGAGGCAGCUCGCGUUCCGUGGCCUUCGCGUUCGCAUGGGCAUCCACUCGGGUAUUCCGGAGGCCUCGGAUGUGUCGUACAACCAUGCGGAGGCGCGCUACCACUACACGGGUGUGGGCAUGGCGCUGGCCCGCGGCGUGCAGGGCGCAGCGGCUGGGGGGCAGGUGCUGCUGAGCGAUGCAACGUUUGCGCUGAUUCGGGGAGGAGGGCCCGGAGGCAAGCGAGUCAGGGAUGCGGUGGUUCUCCACAUGGGAGAGCACGAGCUGGACGCCAAGCUGCCCUCCGGCGGCCCCCAGCAGCUGUACCAGGCCCUGCCGCGGCAGCUGCUGUGCCGCCUGCCGCUGCUGCCGCCGCUCAAGAUCAUUCGUACGGUCACCGUGGGCGCUCUGGAUGCGCCGGUGGGUCGUGUGACGGUCGCCUUCCUCACCGUGGCGGGCGUGUCCACGCUGCUGGCCUGGAACCCCGAGGUGACGCGGCGCGCGCUGGAGGUGUUUGACGCCACCUUUGCGGAGCAGGCGGCGGCGGCGGCGGGCGGCGGCAGCGGGGCGUACAUUGUUGAGGCUACCGGCGGUCUGCUGCUGGCCGCCUUCGCCAGCCCCACCGCCGCGCUGGCCACCUGCCGCCGGCUGCAGCGGGCGCUGCUGGGCGCGGAGUGGCCGCCGGAGCUGCUGGAGCACGACCUGUGUGAGGAGGUGGCCACCACCACUGCGCAGUCGGAGGGGACGUACGUGAGGGAGCUGCUGUUCCGGGGACUCAGAGUCAAGGCUGGUAUCGACUGCGGCCCCUCCCGCGCCGCCCUCAAUGGAGCCACCGGUCGGGUCGCCUACCGCGGCAGGGUGAUGAACCGAGCGGCGCGCAUCAGCAGCCAGGCCACCGCGGGACAGGUGCUUUGUUCGCGAGCCGCUUGGCAGGCUGCCUGUGAGGCGGAGGAGGGCGGCCCCGCGGCGCACGGCCUCACUGCUCUGAGCCUGGGAGCCAAGACACUCAAGGGCAUUAGUGAGCCAGUGGAGGUUUUGGAGGUCCGCAUGAGUGCAGCUGCCGCCCUUUCCGACCGCAUCGUGGCACUGAAGGUGGAGCACGCGGGGAGGCCUUGAGGUGCAGCAGUCCCUGAGAAGCAGCAGGCCCUGAGGAGGCCCUGAGGAGGCGCAGCAGCAGCCAGCAUCUCCUUCUGCCCCGCUACUGGUCCUGGUACCAGAACCACCGAGGAACUACGGAUACGGAUGAGACAAACUACAUGCCAUGUCUCCUGCAGUAUUACUCGCGUUACAUGGGCUUCCCUGGGUUGUAGGUUUGCGGAUGUGCGAAUUUGCAAGAAGUGGGUAUGGCAGUUGAUUUGUUUGUCCGCUUGCUUCUUUAGGCGAGUGUGUAGGGCGUGAGCGCGUAAUCGUAAGAGAAGCCUUUCUUUAAUGUCCGCUGUAAUGGUGCACAAGGAUAAUCGCGAUCGGGGGGCCUUCAAUCUGUUGGGUGCGAGCGAUUCGCGUUUCUUGUUGGGCCUUGCGAUCUGGCUUGCUAUGUGCUGCACUUGGCAAUAACCCACAGUAACAUACUCCCAUAAGCCGCACGGUUUUAUUCUCCCAUCUGAAGCCCUUAGUAAAUCAUUUGCGUGUUUGUUGUGAAGUCCUUAAUAUAUCAUUUGCGUGCGUGUUGCGUGUUCUCUGUACUUCGCGGCUCAUAAAAUCGUUCCGUGAGUAUGCGAUCCCAUUCCUCUAUCCUUCUUUGCAGGUCUUGACGAGCCUUUAUGCACGGGUAGUUUGUCCGACGAAACCCUUUUGCGCGCCCCAGGCCUCGUUUCCACGCGUAAUGCACUAUGUAUGUUAGUCCGUGUUCCUUAGGUGUUCACAUGUUUCAUUAUGCAAGUCGCUCAUUUUGCAAGCCGCGGGUGACCCUAAAUGAAUAUACAAAAUCAGCUGAACUCCCUACCAAGCCUCUCCUUUGAUGUGAGGCGUAUGCCAACUGACGGAUUGUUGAGUACGUGUCGCCGCCUGGUGUGUUCAAAUCCCCCUGUGCUCCCCAAAAGACAAGUUGCCGGAGGAUAGAGUGUCAAACCCUUACGGUGGGCAUGUUGCUCCUGUGGUUUGGCUCGCGUUGGUGAUGACAAAUACGACUGAAGUGCCGACUGAGAUGAAUAUUGCGAGCGUGGCCUGACCAGACUUCUUAACUGUCUGUGGCGCUUGCGAUCAACACAUGUGACGGUUUCUGUGCAGUCUAUGGCCUCUCAUGACAUGCGGCCGAGGUGUUUCAGUAGCAACACUUCUGAACUAGGAAUAGUAUGUAAGAAACAUGGGC